AUGACAGAGGAUGAACAUUCGCCACCUCCCAGUUGCACCACUGCCGUACACGACGAUCCCAGUGCCAGAGCGCUAAAGCGUGCUUCGUCUCAGUUUGACGCUCAGCAGCGUGAAGACGAUGAGUGGAAUCAAGCGCCAUCGAACCCCUUGAACUGGUCAUCAGGUCGUAAAUGGGUCGCUGUCGGUGAGCAUGAGAAGCUUUCUCUUCAUUUUUUCGUCACAACACCACUGGCAAGCUCCGUCAUGGCGCCAGGCCUCCCAGGAAUCGGCGCCCACUAUAACAUUACAACUGAGACGGUUCUCGCCCUCACUCUUUCCAUAUUUGUUCUUGCGUGGUCCGUUGGCCCCCUUCUCGGUGGCCCACUGAGCGAGAUUUACGGGCGCAGGCCCAUCCUCAUUCUCUCGACCAUCAUUUUCCUCAUCUUCAACACUGCCUGCAUAUUCGCACCGAACACAGGCGCUUUCAUCUUCUUUCGCUUCGCAGCAGGCCUGGGUGCCUCGACACCGAUAUCCGUCGGUGGAUCCCUCAUCGGUGAUCUUUUCGUACCCGCGCAACGCGCUCGCCCAGUAGCUGUCUCUUUCCUAGGAGUUAUGAUUGGCCCUCCUACAGGUCCCAUCAUGGGCGGGUAUAUCGCACAGAGUGUAGGCUUUAAAUAUAGCUUCGUCGUCACCUCAGCGCUCGCGCUUCUCUCCUUCAUUUUGGCGGCACUGUUCCUUCAGGAGACGUAUGGGCCAGUCGUGCGGGGUCGGUGGGAGAAGCUCUCCGGCGCCAUAUCAACUCACACCGAGCCCUCCGAUCUUGAGAGACAAGCCGAAGUUGACGCAUGGAGGACUCUGUGGUUGGGUUUGGCGCGCCCUAUCCAGCAUCUUACUCAGAGUUUUGUCUGCUUCAUUCUUAGUCUCUAUGGUGCCGUAAUCUAUGGCAUAUUGAUCAUGUUUUUUACGACGUUCCCAACCGUGUUCGGCGACGAAUACGGGUUCAGCGUGGGGACGACUGGCCUCACGUAUAUCGGGGGCGGACUCGGGGAGAUCGCAGCUGUGGUACUGGGUGGUUAUAUCGCUGACAAGAUUUAUCACUCUCUGGUCCUCAAAAACGAUGGACAGGCGAAGCCUGAAUAUCGAAUUCCUCCGAUGUUACCUGGGGCGGCUAUCGUCCCAAUCGGCCUCCUCUGGUACGGAUGGUCCGCAGAAGCGAGGCUUCACUGGAUCAUGCCCAUCAUCGGUUCCUCGAUCUUUGGCUACGGGCUUAUCGCCACUCUCGUCCCAAUACAGAUGUAUCUUGUCGACUCGUUCCGGUAUGCGGCAAGUGCGCUAGCAGCUUCCAGUGCGUUAAGAUUCGCAUUCGGUUUUGCUCUCCCAUUGGCUGGCCCACCCAUGAUCGCUAGAAUGGGUCUCGGAGGUACAUAUACGUUUCUCGCAGGUGUAAUGCUCGUGCUUGGCAUCCCUUUUCCGAUCUGGAUAUUUUAUCGCGGGGAAGAACUCAGAAAGCAUAAUAGAUGGGCUAUAUGA